CGAACCCCACACAUACCAAGAUGCUACAACCAAGGAUAACAGCUCCGAUUCGGCGCCUCGUCGUUAAUCCUUCGUUGAUUUGUUUUCGAUGCCAAACCCGCAUUGCAAGCCGUACACUCGCACAGCGGCUUCCAUCUCGAACUUUCACAUCUGCGCGCACUCCCCGCUUCCCCACUACAAACACAGAAACAAAGCCUACGGAGCCAACGCCCACGGAACCGGAGCCCUCCCCAAAAGAUGACGAUAUAUUCAUUCCCAAGCCGCUUGGCCGCCCCAUCGGCUUUAAGCAGCCCCCUCUUGCGGGUGAAAACGCCGGCAACCAGAAGACCAAGAAAGACUACUCCGGCAUGACAAUGUCCCAGCGAAACCUCGCCAAACGCGAAGUCCUCGUCGAGAAGUGGAGCACAAACUACUUCCGCGAUUUCAAAAACAUCCGCAAGUAUCGGUCCGGCAAGACAUUCAUGGCAAACUCGCGCAUCUUCAAGCGUGAAGCAGCGCUGUACUUUCCGAAUCUGCACGGUGAAACGCUGGAAAAGAAGGGUGCGGAUACGACACCUGCGCUGCAGGGGAAGGUAUCGGUGGUGAACGUGUAUAGUAGUCAAUGGGGAGAGAUGCAAGUGCAGACAUUUACGGGGAAGAAGGUAAAUCCUGAGUUGCAGGAGGUUCUUGCUGCAAAUCCUGGGGUGGCUCAGAUAGUUGACGUAAACAUUGAGGAGAACAGCAUGAAGGCGUGGAUCAUUGCGUUUUUCCAGUGGCGGCUACGGGCCGUGCGACCGAAAGAGGAUUGGGGAAAGUACUUCAUCAUAAGGAAAGGAGUAAGUGAGAAGAUCCGGGAGACGAUUGGGUUGCUGAACGGGAGGGUGGGGUACGUGUAUUUGAUCGAUCAGGAUUGUAAGAUUCGAUGGGCGGGGAGUGCUGAUGCGGAGGGGACUGAGAUGGAGGACAUGAACAAGGGGCUCAAGAAGCUGAUCACUGAAGUCGAAUAAGACUUGCAGGAGGGUUGUUGAUUGAAGACUCCGUACCAGGAGCUGUAAACAUAGUUGUACAUGAUAACCAAGGCCAAACGCCGCAUGCGUGCCAUACCCAAGAAAGUCGUGUGGAUAUUCGUCCCCUUGAACGCCAAAAUCAGACCAUACCAA